AUGCUUAUUGAAGUCGAUAAAGUCAAAAUCCAGAGAAGAGGGCAUCUCCCUGCGUGGCUUAGCACAUUUCCAACACUAUCCAUAAGUAUUAAAUCUAAUGAGCUGUCCUCUCCAGUAAUUACAGUAAAAAACAGAAAAGAAUGCAGAGUUGGGCUGGCAUUUAAAGCAAACACGCCAAAGGAUGAAAUAUAUCUGGUUCUGAAGUUAGAUAAAGAAACAAUGUCUCUCCCCCUGGGGAUUGAUUCUAUAACCACAACAGUUUCUUUUAAAAAGUACAAAGUGUCUAUUUCGUUUAGAGCAAUGGACACUGAAUACUUUUCCAUGCAUGAAAUGAAUGGGCUGCGGCUUAUAGCACCAAACCCGCACACUCCUAUACCAAAUAUUAAAAAGUUCUCAACCUAUCACAGUACAAAGAACAAUUUGAUCAAGAGAGUCCUAUAUAACGAUUCUCCAUACAAAGUUAACCCAAAAACAUUUGAAACAACUGGGUAUUCUCCAAUUCUGCAGAACAAUGCUAUUUCAGAGGCACACAGAUACACACUUUCUCUAUUAGAAGAUGGCAUCACCACGCGAUCUAAAGAAGAUGAAGACUUUUUGAGAAAUCUUCGUAGGCUCAGAAGCUCUCCAAAGAUGUUUAUUUCAAUAUUUUUCCAUGUUUCAUUAGAGGUGUCGCGUGACUCAAUUUUAUAUUCCUUUUACAAGCUGUAUGCCAAUCCGUACUACAAAAAAGAUUUAUACAAAAGAAUAACUGUUAAGUUUGUUGGUGAAAUGGGAGAAGACCAUGGCGCUCUGCGAAAAGAAUUCUUUGAGCUUGCGGGAAAUGAGCUUGUGCAGGACCGACGCUUUAUUUUAUCUGGUGGGCUAUUUGAUCUUGCCACAGUAGAGGAAAUGACAGAGAAAAUAGAUCCUGAAUGGAAGCUCUCAGUAUAUCUGACACUGAAUUUUACGCCUUUGUAG